AUGGAACUUAUGGAGAAUAUGGUUCGUUAUCGAAUUAAAUCAUUACUUCGGAGAGGGAUAUUUGAGGAAUACUCCCUGAAUGAAACACAGUCAUUUCUUAAGGAGAAUCUGGAAAACUAUGAGUCUCUAAGAGAAACCCAACUCAAGAUUCAGUAUAUCAGCACUCUGGAAAAGGCUGAAGACUUUUUUGUGCACAAGUUAUCUUUUGAAAAGAUUUACCAGAAUGAAAAUGGGAGCAGUCAUAGAAAGUUUGAAGUUCACAUCAGUGCAUUUGGAAUUAAGAAAAAAAGAAAAGACAUUGAAAACAGUAAUCCUGAGCCUAUAGUGGAAAAGUUUUAUGAUGUAACAGAAAUACAAUUCGACCACAUGACAAACCUCUUUAAAAUAUUUCGAAGGGAUGAUCAUCCAGAGAUAUUGAAAGCAAGUUCCACAAAUGAUGCAUAUUCCCUGAUCACUCUCAUCGAGGGAUAUUACAGACUGAUGGUUAACCAGUACAAGCUGCUUCUACAAGGCUCCAAGAACUUAAGUCCUGCUAUACUUCAUGGGCCUAUCAUGCGUGACAGAGCCUCAAACCUGCUACUUAGAGGAACAGUAGAAGGAGGAACCAAAGAUGGCUUUUUCCUGCUACGAAAAAGUCGAGAGGUCUAUGACAGCUAUAUACUCUCAGUCUGCGUUGCAGAGAAAGUCAGGCAUUUUGUUAUCAAAUUCAUUGCUGAAACUGGAAUGUAUUGCUACGAAAGUGACUCAAGCAAAGGAUUUUCUGAUUUAAAGGGGCUGGUGGAACAUUACAAACGUUCAGCAGAUGGACUUCCUGUUUGUUUGAAGCAGAUGCUUCCACCAAAUUGUGAAGGUUUUGCAGCAUUGCUUGAUAGACAGGUUUUUACACCUGCUGUACCAGAAGUUCGUCUCCUUGAUUCUUCUUACCAACUACAAGACUUGAAUCUGGAUGAAGAGACAUAUUUGCUAUCGGGUGAAUUUGGUGAAGUAAAGAAGGGUUACUGGGAAAGAGGAGACGAACAUUUUCAGGUGGUCUCAAGGGCACUGAUCAAACCUCUGGGAAAGAAUAAAAUCUUUAGCUUCAAAGAGUUUAUGACCAAGUUCACAGAGCUGAAGAACACGUACCUGACUAUGUUUUAUGGCAUACAAGAAACUGAAAGAGCCUUGAUCUUUGUAUUUGAAUGGGUACCAGAAGGUCCCCUUGAUCAAUAUGUUAAGAAUGAAAG